GCCCCCACGUCCUAUACUUACUACCUUACAAUUUCUAAGUCAAAGUCGCCAUCAAAAUUACAACACCAAAUCUUCGCUCAUCAUGACACCUUGCCAUUCUUGUUCUAUCCCACACGCUGUAAGGCGUCAAGUAAACACUUAAACAGGAAGUAUGGCGUCCGCUGAUGAGAUUCGCGCAGAGAAUGAAAGCCUAGCGCGUGAGAUUCACGCGCUGCUGAACGCCAACACUACUCUGGAGAAGGAGAUGCUGAAGCUGAGCUCAGAGCGAAACGAGCUCGAGAACUUGGGCAACAAGAAGCUGCAGACACUGGAACAGCAGCUCGAGACGGUUGACGAGGAGCUCACGUCGCUUCGGUCGCAGUGUCAGUCAAUGACGGAGAUCAUCGAGAACGCGAAUGCUGAGAACGAGGUUGAAGUCGAGGAGGAGCCGGCACCAGUGCCUGUCAGUCGUAAGCUGUCCUCGGCGUUAAACCACACCAUGCAGCGAGCACGAGGCAUGUCGAUGCCGCGCCAGCGGCGAUCAUCGACAGUGGAGAUGGUGGCGCAUGGCCUCACCAAGGCCGCGAGUUACAUGAUUCCUCCCACAGCAAAACCGAGUCCUGACGGCCCUAGCCGAGUCAGGAUGAGCAAGGAUAGCCCACCGAUCUUGUCGUACGCCAAGGGCACGACCGAUUCAACCAAGAGUCUGCUCUUCUCAACUCAUUCGCACUACGGCAACUUCCGUCGGCACAGCGGGCCCUAUCGCAAGAACCGCGAUCCACCUGUCAUGGUGCUUUAAGGAAGGCCCUAGCUCGACAGAAUCGAAACCGGAUGCAAGUUUGCACCUCCUUCACCGAUCUCAUUAUUUAAGCAACAACAUACAGCUGAAAGUCAACUACAUCCGUCCAGAGCGCCCAGCGUCACACCACACAGAUCACCAAGCACCGGACUCCAUGCUUUUCCGACGGAUAGAAAAGCACAAAGGAGAAGACCGACGGCCCGCGAUAAAUCUUUCGAGGUGGUAUACUAUGCAUGUCCAGUCCCCAGUCUACAAUACAAAUGCAACCGCGUUUUCCUGUAUGUUAUCGAAUCAUUUGGAAUACUACGUAGUAAUUAGGAUACUUUGAUUGGUAUGGAG